AUUUCAAGUUUAUCAGAUGAAUCAUUAGCGGGAUUCUGGUCCCUAGAGCUACUGGACCUCUCAUACAAUCUGAUAUCUCAUCUACAAUCUGAUAUUUUCAAGGAUACAAGUCAGCUAAAUAAACUCUUCCUUCAGCAUAACAGGAUACAGAGGAUACAGGACAAAACAUUUACAGGUUUGAAUAAUCUCCUACUCUUGAAUCUAUCCCACAAUGCUUUAACCUCAGACAGCUUAAACAACCAGACCUUUCAAGAGCAGGGUAAGCUAGUAGCCCUAGACCUGAGCUACAAUGAGAUCUCUAGAAUUGAGGCAGGAAACCUCUUAAACUUGCCUGGACUCCAGAUCCUUAACCUUCAGCAUAAUCUUAUUCAAGACAUUCAGAGCCAGAGUUUUCAGUCACUCAGGAAUCUGCAUAUCCUAAUGCUAUCUGAGAACCAACUCUCCACCCUUCCCUCCUCCCUCUUCUCUCCUCUCUCCUCGCUCAACUCCCUCUCACUCGACCACAACCUCCUUGCUUCCCUCCCCGAGGACCUCUUCUCAGCCUCCAGCAACCUGGGAGUACUGGCCCUCAACAGUAACCUCCUGGAGGCCAUUCCCUCGGCCCUGGGCAGUCUUAUUAACCUGAGGACUCUGGAUCUUGGCGAGAAUAUGAUUAAACAGGUUGAAAACUCUGAGCUAGCUGGGUUGGUGAACCUGUACGGGCUACGCCUGGCUGGAAACCGGUUAUCUGCAGUACAGGCUGGGUUGUUUACCAACAACUCAAACCUAAACGUACUGAAUCUUGCCAAUAAUAAAAUCAAGGAGAUCAAACAGGAUUCAUUAAAAAACCUAAGGAACCUGAAGGGAUUAAUAAUAUCAAUAUUUAGGAACAAGGAGAACAGAAUUGAAACUGUUGCUUCUGGCGUUUUUCGAGAUCUGGCGAAUUUAACUCGAGUUGAACUCCAACAUAAUCAACUUAAAUCAAUUCAACUGGACGCCUUGGCUACUUCAACAUCAGGUGGCCCUCCUGAAGUUCUAAUGUCCGAGAAUCCCUGGCUAUGUGAUUGUGAGUUAGAAUGGUUGAAGAACAUCAAUAGACUCUCCGUAAACUCAAACUAUGCCCGCGUUCAAGAUAUCGAAAGCAUGACCUGCAUCACCUCCAGCCCCGCUCUGGUGUCCAGGCCAGUCCCAAUCUUAUUGGUUGAGAGCAAGGAGUUCCUGUGUGAGUAUGAGGCCCACUGUGUGGCGAACUGCUUCUGCUGUGACUUCUUUGCAUGUGAUUGCAGGAUGCAAUGCCCAGAAGGAUGCACCUGCUUCCAUGACAACCAGUGGACCAGCAACAUUAUCCAGUGCUCACAUGGAGACUUCUCUGACGUUCCACCGCUUAUCCCUAUGGAUGCCACAAGUGUCUAUUUGGAUGGGAACAAUAUGACGGAACUGGAAAGCCCCGGGUUUAUUGGUCGCCGAAGAAUAGAAGAAGUAUAUUUGAAUAACAGCCAGAUACAAACAAUUACCAACUAUUCAUUUGAAGGACUAACUGGUGUUAAAAUGCUUCAUUUGGAAUUCAACCUAUUGAGUUCGCUAAUGGGGAAUGAAUUUAAUGGUCUGGUGGAGCUGAAAGAACUUUUUCUUCAGAACAACAGACUUGUGGCAAUAGGAGCUGAGACCUUCAGCACUCUGAGUUCAUUGACAACUCUAAGGUUAGACGGCAACCAAUUGACAUCCUUCCCAGUUUGGGAGUUAUCAGUCAAUCCCAUUCUCAGCUCCCUUUUCCUGGGGGGUAACUUGUGGUCCUGUGAUUGUGAGUUCUUGAACCCUUUUCUUGUGUUCCAGUGGAAGUUUGGGUCUAAACUCCAGGAAAAGGAAGAUCUGAGAUGUGUCAAGGAUCCCGUUCAGAAUCCUGUCACAAGCGCUCUCAUCAGCUCUGUAGUUUGUGGAGAUGACAUGAAGACCAAUGUUCAGUCAAGUAUUACCUCUGUGGAUUAUACGCCCAUUCUUGUUGCAGUGUUCCUUGCUGUUCUUCUUAUUGUUAUCGCCUAUCUUGUCAUCUUUACCUUUAGGAGAAGGAUAAAGCUCUGGUUUCACUCUAAAAAUGAAGAUAAAAGUGUUUAUGCGCCCACCAAUGAUAAACUUUUUGAUGUAUUUAUCAGCUACUCAAUGGAGGAUAAACAGUUUGUUGAAAACAGUUUUGCUGCCAAUCUUGAACAUGGUGCUACCAGCUACCGUCUCUGCUUACACCAGCGGGAUUUUAAUCCCAGCACGCCGAUCUAUGAUUCGGUGUCAGUAGCAACAGAAUCCAGUUCUAAAACUAUUUUGAUGCUAUCUCGCAGCUAUCUUCGAUCUCAAUGGCCUCUGAUUCGAACAACUUUUAUCAGCACCCUCAUGAAUAAUAGCAGUAAGGUGAUCUUUAUCCAGCUGGAAGAGCUACUGGAAGAGGAGCUUGAUGAGUGGACUGAUUUAAAGCAGUUAAUGGGAAGCUCCCCAGUCAUUAAAUGGGGUGAAAGCGGGUUCUGGAGCAAGUUAAGAUACUACCUACCUGAACCUGUCUACCUAACCUUCCAUCGUAACGUAACCCUGAGAGGCGGAACGUUAAACAGUCGUAGUCAUUACGAACCCGUGGCACCAAACCAAAUCUGGACUUACUUUGUAGAGGACUCACAUAGUUCUUUGGACACCAAUACCACAGAGAUGUCGGAUACAUCCAAUGAGUCAUCAAAAUCUCCCAACUUGGACCACACCUACUAUUCUAUAGAUGCAAAUCACAUAUACCACACUCUGGACCCAGGGGCACCUUGCGCCCACAAUCCACCCCGAGGUCGGAUCUACAUUAAUCGUAAUCUCGAUCUCAUCGACAACAAGGGGGCUGUUUGCCUUGUUCAAGGGGGUGGAGAACAAGGCUCAGUGCGUCUUGUCCAGAGCGGGGAUCAGGGCGGGACUCGUCCCUCUCAACUCUUCUCCAUCACGCCCCCGCCCUCCUUUUCAGUCAACCAUAAGAAACCAAUGCAUUGCACUGACAGUGAAUAUGUUGUUUAAUCUAUCAAUCAAAACAUUCAGGCCUUCCAAUCUGUCCCCCCCCCACUCCUCCUCCUCCUCUUUCCAACCACAUACCCCUCUUCUCCUUCCUACCUCCCCCCUCCUUUUCUUCCUUUCCCAAACCCCUUCCAAAUUUCCAGCAAUGGCUAAAUCGAUCAACCAGAACAUUUCAAGCUAUACAUACAGAAUAUAAACGUCGGAUUAUCUACUUGCUAAACUAGGACAAUGUUCAAAAUUUGGCUACUGUUUCAAGUUUCAAAAAUAUUCGUUGAUUAAUGAAAAAGAAAAGUGAAUCUUUCCCAAUCAAUUCACAAAAACGUUAAAAUUAAUCUUUUUUGGAUAAAUUGUUUCAUCGGAAUCCAAUAUGUGUUAAUUUUAAAGGGGAUGUUCGCCUCUUUGAAAAUGCACAAAUUUUUAAAUUAAGAAUCACAACUUAGCUUAACUUACGGUUCAAAGAUGUCGCUCUGAGCCAGAAAAAAUGGCGAUAUUAUGAGUAUUUUGAAAUAAGUGUACAAUCCCUCUAACCUGCCAACUUGGUAUUAUCUCGGCUGUGACCUUUAAAAACUUUAAGAAGCAACCCUAACAGUUUUUUUUCGUAAAAUCGAAAUAUCGAAACUUCUGAAUAUUGGAAUAUCGAAAUAUUGAAAAGAUUUCGCGCAUUCCAUAUUUAGUCUAACCACUUUGGUUUAAAAUGACAGGAUGCUUAAAAAUAGUAAUAUGAAGUGCGGGAUCAGUCCCGUUAAUAUGUAAAUUAUGUACUAUUUAUAUGUACCAGCUGUUUUACCUAUGUUCGUCAUGUUUAUUUAAUGUACACUGUACAGGGUUUAAUAUUAGACAUUUUCAAAUUUAUUAUUUGAUUAUAGUUCACAACGUCUGAUUGAGAAUGAAUAAGAUAUUUAUGUUUUUCUCUUUAAAAUUGAUUAUUUUCAACUGCGGUUCCUCUAUUAUGUGAAUUUAGAAUUUGUGCUACAGAAACAAUGGAUGGAAAUAUAACAAGUUUCAAGCUAGAUAAACGAUGAUAUUUUCAACAUUAUUGAUCAGAUAAAGAUUAAAGUUGGGAAUCGGCCGUGCCCUUUUUUAGAUAAAAAACUUAAAAAUGCAAUUAUCUUUUUUUAUUCUUAAAUCAGCUUCAAAAUAAGUGUCGUCUUCCCAACCAAUGUUUGUUAUAGAAACCUGUUCAAUAUCAUUUAUAUAAUAUUUAUAAAAUAUGUUGCUUGAAGGCGUAUUAACCUAGUCAGAAAUAUAUUGUUUUACAAUUUAA